CUUUUUUGUUGCUCCUGACUGUAAAUUGUCCAAAGUGGCUCCAGAGGGAUGGAAAGAGGCAAAGAAAAAAAACAGAAUUACUGUAAAUUUCAUCCUAUUUCUCCGAGUAAAAUUUUUUGUCGAAGAUGUUGGCUUAAUCCAACACACACUGACCAGGCAUCAGUACUAUUUGCAGUUGAGGAGGGAUAUAUUGGAAGAGAGGUUGCACUGCAGUGAUGAAACGGCCAUGCUACUUGCUUCGUUAGCCCUUCAGGCUGAAUUCGGAGACUACCAACCAGAGCUUCAUGGGAUGAGUUAUUACAGAAUUGAACAUUAUUUACCAAUUGGAGUGAUGGAGUCUUUGGAUGAAUCUUACGUAAGGGAGGAGCUGCCCAAACUGCACAGCACAUAUUGUGGAGCGACAGAAGUGGAAUCUGAACUUGAAUUUCUAAAGAUAUGCCAAAAACUGCCUGAGUAUGGGGUGCAGUUCUAUCGGGUUCUUCCAGAAAAGAAAUCGUUAACCGGAAUCAAUCUGGGUAUUUGUUCCAAAGGUGUAAUUGUUUAUGAAAUUCAGAAUGGGCUCAGAACAGUAGUCCUUCGGUUUCCAUGGAGAGAUACCAAAAAAAUUGCAUUCACUAGAAAGAAGAUUACAUUACAGAACACUUCAGAUGGAAUAAAACAUCAGUUUCAGACAGACAGCAGCAAGACCUGUCAGUAUCUCCUGCACCUGGCUUCAUCCCAGCACAAAUUCCAACUGCAGAUGAGAGCACGAAAGAACAAUCAGGAUUUGCAGGAAAUUGAAAGUUUAUCUGUCAGCAACCUGAACUACAAUGGAGAUUCUGCAGGUUUAUUCUCCAUGGGCAGGGUGAAUAGUAGUAUUAGUCUUGCUGCCAGUGCACACAGCAGAUUAACUGAUCAGUCUCAGUUAAUGCGUUCUGAACUCCUAAGACGCAUGUCUAGGUCAGAAGCAGCAUUGAACCAGCCCUUGUACGACAUCUCGAAAGACAAGAUAUAUCGUACUUUGUGGGACCAACAUCCUCCAAUCGUCAGCAAAUCUUCCUAUGAUCUUAGACAAAUUUCUGAGUCAAAGCGAAGAAGUACACCCAACUUUAGCUACCACUUGUUUCGUUCUUCAAAUCUGCUGGAAGGGGACACUGAACGCAAAGUAAAACAUCCAUGCCAUCGAUCAGACACUGAGUCCAUGGUGGGAGGUGAGCGACGAAUCAAAAACAGUGUCAUCAAUCCAAAGAGGUCUCAGGCUGUCUCGCACAGAAGCCCUGCUCGAAGAAAUCCUGGGUCAGACUCCUCAUCUACUGAAGACUCCAACCAGGCAUAUGCCUUAGGGAUUAGCAUGCACAGUUCUGGGAUCCCAUCAACCCCUGCUACCUUGACAGCCAAUGGUAGGCAGCAGAACGAACUGAGUUUACAAUGUACAGGUGCCUUCACUGUUUAAAGCCUUGGUGUGACUGUACAACAUUGGCUUCUCAACCUUCUAUAUUUCUACUUCUAUUGCUGUCUCUGUUUCUCUCACUUUUCCUGCCGUCUAACAGAAACUUCUUGCAGGUAAUGUUUUAGUCUUUUAUUUUUCUUUCACUGAUUUUGAUUUAGCUGUUAAAAUUUGCUUCCACAAUUUAUGUUAAUAUAUCAGUCUGUUUCCCAAUGAAU